AUUAUUCCUCCACUUCAUAUAACUACCCUCGUGCUCGUGUUCUUCACGCAGUGUCUGUGUUACAACUUACGGCUAAAUUCUCAAAGAUUUAAACUUUGUCUCAGAGUUUCCAAAUUCACCCAACCCCAGAGAGAAAAUGUCUCUAAUCCCAAAUUUCUUCGGUGGCAGAAGGAGCAACGUUUUCGAUCCUUUUUCCCUCGACGUCUGGGACCCCUUCAAGGAUUUUCCUUUCCCAAACACUCUUUCUUCAGCUUCCUUUCCUGAAUUUUCUCGGGAAAAUUCUGCAUUCGUGAGCACUCGUGUGGAUUGGAAGGAGACCCCAGAAGCACACGUAUUCAAGGCUGAUAUUCCAGGGCUGAAGAAGGAGGAAGUGAAGGUUCAGAUUGAAGAUGAUAAGGUUCUUCAGAUAAGCGGAGAGAGGAACGUUGAGAAGGAAGAUAGGAAUAACACGUGGCAUCGCGUGGAGCGUAGCAGCGGCAAGUUCAUGAGGAGGUUCAGAUUGCCGGAGAAUGCAAAAGUGGAUAAAGUGAAGGCUUCUAUGGAAAAUGGGGUUCUCACUGUCACUGUUCCCAAGGAAGAGGUUAAGAAGGCUGAUGUGAAGAACAUUCAAAUCUCUGGUUAAGCAAAAGCAAAUUGUUGUUGGUCUUUUAUGUUUAUCUUUGUUGUUUGAGAAAUUGUGUGAUUUUCUAUGUUCUAUUGUGAGUGAUAUGCUUGGGAGAAUGUAUCAUGUCGUAGGAGGUGUGAUUGUAUAAAGAAAUAAAAUAGUUGCAGUUGGUGAGAUAUCAUGUGAACCAAAAAAUAAAGUUAUUUAGGUUUGUAACAGUUUGACUAAAUAAUUUAAACACGAUUAAGCUCGAA